CCGAUUUUAACGUCUGCUCGCCACAAAAUGGCUACCUAGCAACCAAUGUACACGUUGUGCCUUAUUAGCAUCAACGCAACCUAUAUCUCUAUCUAAACUUUACUUUUACCCCACAAAAAUCAUGUCUCUCCCCUUAUCCAUUGAAAAUCCUCCCCCACAUCAAAUAAUUGACGAAGAAAGAAGUUUGCCAGACAUCAAAGAGACAAACUCAGAACAUGAAGAGGAUACCAUUAGCUGCUCCACCUCAUCAGUGUCUUUGUCGGAAUUUUCCGAAAGCAACAGCAGUUCUUCAACACAGCCUACUACUGACAAAAAUUUGUCAGCACAGGGCAAGUUCAUGGAAAAAGGCUGGCUGAAGUCCCUCAGAGAGAAGAUGCUGCAGUGUCUUGAAGAGGAUGGAGAACUUCCCCAUAGCAGUGUUCUAGAACUGAAGAAAGAAUUGGUUUUGGUGUUCAUUUGGUGCUUACAAGGGAACAAAUUUCACAUUAUUUGCGGAGGAUAUAUCACCUGUUCAGAUCUGCGGACAAACCUACAGUAG